AUGGCGUGGAACUGGCCAACUUUUUAUUAUACUCUGGCAUUUGAAAGGCUUGCCUUUGUGUGUAAUGACGCACUGAGAGAUGUCGCUGUACCUAUUGGAGAAAUUUUGCUUUUUUUUGCAUUUGCAAAUGAAGAGAAGUUUUCUGAAAAUGGAUGGAUGGUGUACAAUCCAAUGUCUGAAUACAGGAGACAAGGACUGCCUAAUGGACGGUGGCGAGUAACUUUUAUUAAUGAACAUUAUGGACUGUGUGACACAUAUCCGUCGCUCUUAGUAGUGCCAUAUAAUGCAACAGAUGAUGAUCUCAAGAAAGUUGCUGCCUUUAGGUCCCGAAAUAGAAUCCCGGUUCUGUCAUGGAUUCAUCCAGAGACUCAAGCUGUUAUUAUGCGCUGCAGUCAACCCCUUGUUGGAAUGAGUGGCAAGCGGAAUAAAGAUGAUGAAAGAUAUCUUGAUAUCAUCAGGGAGGCUAAUGGGCAAAUCUCAAAACUGACCAUCUAUGAUGCUAGGCCCAAUGUCAAUGCAGUUGCAAACAAGGCAACUGGGGGAGGAUAUGAAGGUGAAGAUGCAUAUCCCAAUGCAGAACUUUUUUUCUUGGACAUUCAUAAUAUUCAUGUCAUGCGGGAAUCUUUGAAGAAGUUGAAGGACAUUGUUUAUCCUAAUGUGGAAGAAUCACACUGGUUGUCGAGUCUGGAAUCAACCCAUUGGUUAGAACAUAUAAAGCUUGUCUUGACAGGAGCUAUUCAAGUGGCAGACAAGGUAUCCUCAGGAAGGAGCUCUGUGUUAGUUCACUGCAGUGAUGGCUGGGACCGGACAGCACAGCUAACAUCACUGGCCAUGUUGAUGCUAGACAGCUACUACAGAACAAUUGAGGGCUUUGAAGUUCUGGUGCAAAAAGAGUGGAUAAGCUUUGGACACAAAUUUGCAUCGAGAAUAGGCCACGGUGAUAAAAAUCAUGCUGAUGCAGACAGAUCACCCAUCUUUCUCCAGUUUAUUGAUUGUGUGUGGCAGAUGUCUAAACAGUUUCCUACAGCCUUUGAAUUCAAUGAGCAGUUCUUGAUUACAAUCCUGGAUCACUUGUACAGCUGCCGGUUUGGUACUUUCUUGUACAACAGUGAGUCUCUUAGAGAAAAAGAGAAAGUGACUGAGAAAACAUUAUCAUUAUGGUCAUUGAUAAACAGUGAAAAAUCUAAAUACACCAAUCCUUUUUAUACUAAAGAGCUAAAUCGAGCGCUUUAUCCAGUAGCCAGUAUGCGUCAUUUAGAGCUCUGGGUCAGUUACUACAUCAGAUGGAACCCAAGAAUUCGGCAACAA